AUGAAAAUUUUCUGUAUUUUAAUAUCAUUUAUCUGUGUAAAUGUAUUUGCAGACAUACAAGAAUAUAUAGAUAUAGUUGAAAUGACAAACUCGCAAAUCAAGAUUGCUUCAGACUAUAAAGAUGAUUUAAAAGGAAAUAAAUUGGUGCAUGUAAUUACGGUCAUUUUACACGCAAAUAAACAUCCAUUGUUUUUUAUGAAUUUGAUGUUUACUGUGCCGGAACAAGGAAUAACUUACCACUUUGACUAUCUAAACGAAUCAAUACCGACACAAGAAUUUUUGCAAAAACAAAUAUCUGAUUCAAUAGAUAUUCCUGCUGAUACAACCAAUAGUAAAGAAAUGAUAACAAUUACCAAACGUGAAAAGGCGAGAAGACAUUUUACUGGAAAAGCUUUGAAAAAUGUAGUUAACCAAAUAUUAGAUCAUUCUGAGCGUCAUGAAAUAUACCAAAGAAAUUACAAAGCUAGUCGCAAAGAAAUUGUGAAAUUGAACGAACUUGGAAAGGCGAGAAGACGUCUUACUGGAGAAGCUAUAAAAAAAGUACUUACCCAAAAAUUAGCUGAAAAGUUCUCGACUGACAAGAUGUAUGUUCAGAGAAUUUGCACUUUGAUAGGAAUGUGGAUUAGUGUAAAAACGUCUUUACUAACGUCGUACAUUAUAGAAUCUGACGCUUGUGUAAUAGAUUACGAUGUCGGUCGUUCUGUAAAAUACAGGCCAUUGAAGGGCAAAUGGUGUCAAGUAAAACUCUUUUACAAAGACGAAAAAAUAGAAGAUUUAAAAGUACAACUACUCAAGGAUCAUUUUCUAAUUGAGGAACAGAACCGGCUUAACAAUUUAGACUAG